AUGAGGAUUGGUGUGAGUGGGAGCCGCUGCCUGCAGCGAAGGGCAGCCCUGCCCCAUCCAGCCGCCUCCACAGGAGCCCCACAGCAGGCAGCUGCCCUGCAGGACACAGCCAGUGCAGACAGCUCUGGGCAGCCGGUGCCCUGGCUCAGCACCACGAAAGGAGCCUCAACUCAGGCGUCGGAGGCUGAGAAGGAGGAUCCCUCCGGAGACACCAGCGCCCUGGCCUCUACAGCCUUAUUGCCAGGAGAGCAGGAGGUGCAGGGCCCUGUCCCACUUGCUCAGGUUCCCACACCCAGGACACGUCUCCAGGCUGCCCCACAGCUGCAGACAGAGUCCUCAGGCCUGGGCUUGCUGCAUGAGAGGAGGCCGGGGCAUGGCACUGCCCGGCUCUGUGAGGAUGCAUCAGGCUGCCGGGCAGCUCUGGUCAGCGCCCAGGCCCGUGUGGCAGAGCUGGAGAGCCAGGUCCAGAUGCUUGAGGUGGAGCGGACACAGCAGAGGCUGUUGCUGGAGAGUCUCCAGCAGCAGCACCAGAAGAACCUGGAUCUUCUCGAGAGCCCCUACAGGCGGCAAAUGAAGGUGUUGGAGGAGAGCCACGGGCGGCAGGAGGAGAGGCUGCGGCAGGAGCUGGAGCAGCUGAGGGCUCAGCUGCUGUCGCAGAGCCAGGAUGCGGAGCAGGCGCAGGCAGAGCUGCAGGCACAGCACCAGCAGCAGCUGGCAGCACUGGAGCAGCAGCACACGCUGGAGGUGAAGCGGCUGCAAGAGCUGCAGAGGACGUCCAUCCAGGAGCUGCGCCAGGACUACGACGAGCAGCUGCGGCGGCUGCAGCGGCUGAAGGAUCAGGAGGUGGAUGCGGUGACCAGCGCCACGUCACACACCAGGUCUCUGAACGGCGUCAUCGAGCGGAUGGAGAAGUUCUCCAGUGAUCUGCACGAGCUCUGGCACAAGGUGGAGGCCAAGCACCACAGCACCUCCCAGGAGCUGGCCACGUGGGCACAGCAGCUCAGGGUGCUCCAAGACAGGAUGUUGCAGCAGCAGAAGGACAUGGAGGAGGAACAGAGACGACACCAGGACGUGAUUGCUAAAGUGGAGGCCAGGCUGAGCGAGCAGUCUCAGCAGCUGGAGCAGGAGCGCUGCAGGGCGCUGACGGAGCAGUGCCAAGUGGGAUCUCUGCAGCGCUCGCUGGAGGAGCGGCAGCAAGUCCUGAGCCAGCAGCUCUCCAAGGAGCGAGCAGAGCUGGAGAGGGCCAAGAGCACUUUUCUGGCGGAGCAGCAGUUGGUGGUGCAGAAGUGCUCAGAGGAGUACCAGAAGCUGGCGACUGAGUGGGCUGAACUUCGUGCCCAGCAGCAGCAGAGCAGGGUGAGGAUGGAACUGGACACGGGCACAUGGGCUCCCAGGGAGAGGGCAGGAGACGUGUACUGCAUCGAUGCGCGUUUCUAUGGCAACAUCGGCCGCUUCAUCAACCAUCACUGCGAGCCCAACGUCUUCGCUGCCAGGGUCUUCACAUCCCAUCAGGACGUGCGCUUCCCCAGGCUGGUCUUCUUCAGCACGGGGGACAUCAGAGCUGGAGAGCAGCUUGGCUUCGACUACAAGGAGGAUUUCUGGGCCGUCAAAGGCAAAUCCUUCAGCUGCAAAUGCGGCUCUGGCAGGUGCAAGUACACGAGCUGGGCGCUGGCCAAGCGCCAGGCGCGCGCCCUGUCCCGCAGCAGGAAGCCAAAGGAGGCCCCUGUCAGCAGCUGGGUGGCAAAGGCUCCACGGCACAGGCACUGA